CGGAAACGGCGCUUAUUAUUGGCACAUGCGCAGUUUAGUGGGAGGAAAACCAUCAGAGCUAAACGUCGGCAUUAAACUGUAAACAUUAGCGAUCAAAGCGACUUCUGUCCACCGCGGGAAUGGAAGCACAAGGUUAAUUGCAAGGUGUGGAGCUCAACAUUGUUCUUUAGUGCAUGGACGCAAAGCCAAUGCGCAGGGCCACCAGCGCACGCCAAGACGCCACUGGAAUGGACAUCACCAGCCGCUGUACUCUGGGGGACCCCAACAAGCUCCCUGAAGGGGUCCCCCAGCCCGCGCGCAUGCCCUAUGUCUCAGACAAACACCCACGACAGACUCUGGAGGUGAUCAACCUGCUGAGGAAGCACCGUGAACUCUGUGACGUGGUGCUGGUGGUGGGCGCCAAGAAGAUUUAUGCUCACCGGGUCAUUCUAUCGGCCUGCAGUCCAUACUUCAGGGCUAUGUUUACGGGGGAGCUGGCAGAGAGCAGACAAACUGAAGUUGUGAUUCGUGACAUUGAUGAGAGGGCCAUGGAGCUGCUCAUUGACUUUGCCUACACCUCACAGGUGACAGUGGAGGAGGGGAACGUUCAAACACUGCUCCCUGCUGCGUGCCUCCUUCAACUGGCUGAGAUCCAGGAGGCGUGCUGUGAGUUCCUCAAGAGACAGCUGGAUCCCUCCAACUGUCUGGGAAUCAGGGCAUUCGCCGACACACACUCCUGCCGUGAGCUGCUCCGGAUUGCUGACAAGUUCACCCAGCACAACUUCCAGGAGGUUAUGGAAAGUGAAGAGUUCAUGCUGCUUCCUGCCAAUCAGUUGAUCGACAUCAUCUCUAGUGAUGAGCUCAAUGUGAGAAGUGAGGAGCAGGUUUUCAACGCUGUGAUGGCCUGGGUCAAGUACAGCAUUCAGGAACGCAGGCCGCAGCUACCACAGGUCCUACAACAUGUCAGACUUCCCUUACUGAGUCCUAAGUUCUUGGUCGGCACUGUUGGAUCAGACCCUCUUAUAAAAAGUGAUGAGGAGUGCAGAGACCUGGUUGAUGAGGCCAAAAAUUACCUGCUGCUGCCUCAGGAGAGACCGCUGAUGCAGGGACCCAGAACUCGACCCAGGAAACCCAUACGCUGUGGAGAAGUACUGUUUGCAGUUGGUGGCUGGUGCAGUGGAGAUGCCAUUUCCAGUGUGGAGCGGUAUGACCCUCAGACAAACGAGUGGAGGAUGGUGGCCUCCAUGAGCAAACGCAGGUGUGGAGUUGGAGUCAGUGUCCUGGAUGACCUGCUAUAUGCCGUGGGAGGACAUGAUGGGUCAUCAUACCUCAACUCUGUAGAGAGAUAUGAUCCCAAAACCAACCAGUGGAGCAGUGAUGUGGCUCCGACCAGCACCUGCCGCACCAGUGUGGGCGUGGCUGUAUUAGGAGGUUACCUGUACGCAGUUGGUGGACAAGAUGGAGUAUCCUGUCUGAACAUUGUAGAAAGGUAUGAUCCAAAGGAAAACAAAUGGACCCGCGUGGCCUCUAUGAGCACCAGGCGGCUGGGUGUGGCAGUGGCAGUGCUGGGAGGAUUUCUGUAUGCUGUGGGGGGGUCCGAUGGGACGUCACCGCUGAAUACAGUGGAGCGUUACAAUCCACAAGAGAAUCGCUGGCACACAGUCUCUCCGAUGGGCACCAGGAGGAAGCACCUGGGCUGUGCUGUGUACCAGGACAUGAUCUAUUCUGUGGGAGGCAGAGAUGAUACUACAGAGCUGAGCAGUGCAGAGCGAUACAACCCCAGGACCAACCAGUGGUCUCCAGUGGUUGCCAUGACGUCCAGAAGAAGUGGGGUGGGUCUUGCAGUUGUAAAUGGUCAGUUGAUGGCAGUAGGAGGUUUUGAUGGGACAACGUAUUUAAAAACUAUAGAAGUAUAUGAUCCAGAUGCAAAUACAUGGAGGUUAUACGGAGGAAUGAACUACAGGCGUCUCGGUGGAGGUGUGGGUGUGAUCAAAAUGACUCACUGUGAAUCGCACAUCUGGUAACAUCUGCUCCCCCCGCUCUCACACUCCUCCCCUGUCCUCUGCUUACUGUGCGGACGCCUCUCUUCACUGACUCUUGUGCCUCUGAACACAGACACUGCUUCCUCUUGAGAGCCCUGUGUGAAAAGGGGGGAUAAGAUGGACACCAGAACGAACUUGAAAAGUAUCUUAAACUUGACUCUGUGAUCAAUACACUCCACAUGGGGUCUACUCGGAUUGGAUUUCCGAAGUUUUUAUUGACACAAUUUAACUUAACUGUGCUUGUAAAGUCCUGUGAUUGAGAACUGCCUUAGAAGCGAGUAUACUAUGAGGACUUUUUUUUUUUCCAAGACAUUUUUCACUUCGAGCAUUAAUGAAAGCCCAUAUUGUUCUUGUUUCUUGGUUUGAGAUGAGAUUUUUUUGUUUUUUAGUUCCAACCACAUCAAAGAUAUUACUUCAUGGUAUAUAUAUAAAACAAAGGUUACAAUUUUUACAUUUUCAUUCUAGACUAGACUAAAGCAUACACUUAGGAUUUGGCUGUUACCUCUUGGUCUUUUUGUGUAGCAUUCAGAAAGCUGCCAGGCAGUUUUCUUAUUAUGAAGCUGUUGAUGUGAUUUUAAAAGCAGCAAAACAAGUACUACGACAAACCAUGGACUAAGAUUUGAACAAUGAACCCACAGUUGUUUAAUCAGGCUGUGAAUAUUGGAUCUAUAGGAGGCUUUGGUGAAACUGGUAAAACAUUUCAGGUCUGAUGGCUAGUUGGAAAUGGAGAGCUGAAUAAAUGCGGAUGGGACUAGGAACAAUUAUAAUGACUCAAAGUAUCAAACACAAUUUGAAAAAAAAAAUGCUUCUUGUAAUGAGAAGGUGAAUUUGGUUCAGUGGUUUUCUGCGUAAGCUUUGUCAUUCAAGUGACCAGUGAUUAUUUUUGUUUUGAGAAAUUGCAAAAUUAGCUUUACACACUCCAUACAUGUUGGCUUAAAGAUCCCUGUAUUGAAAUGGUGCGUCCUGCCAAGUUGGCCAGUGAAAGCUCCAAAUAAGCAAACAACCUGUGUGCACUUCUUAAAAUAGAAGAGGCGUGCUAGGAAUGGUGUCUGUCAACUAAUCAGCUGCAUCACUUUAUUAGUAUUACAUAAGCAUUAUAAGGGAUCACAACUGCUGAGAUUUGGACACUAAUCAUUCAUUUGACCUUAAAAUGAAGAUUGAUGCACAUUACAGAUUAUUUUGGUACAGAGUAAGGAUGCCCUCUCCUGUUGAAUAUAUGUACUGUAAUGCUAGUUUAAGAUGAAGCUCUGAAGUAUUUUUGACCCAUGGUUUUGAGAAAAAUAAGGGGAGAUGACAUGGAUACGUGGUUUAUAAUUGCACUCCAUUUGGGAAUGUUUUUUGUUUUUUUUUUAUCUUUUUUUUUUCCAUAUAAUUCUAUGAGUGGGUAGGUGGAGAUGGGGCUCAAAUUUGGUGGGUUUAAGUGACAUUUCAGAGAGAAUGAUGCAAAUCAAAGAGCUGCUCAUUCAAGAUUUCUGCACUUUAAGUUUUGUGCUCUGGAUAAUGCUACACAGAUGUUUUUAUGCAUUGUACCCAGUGUACUGUAUAAUGGGUCACAUAAAUAGCUUUUGUUUAAUACUUUUAAGUAGUUUGAUAUUUGGAUCAAUGGCUUCUGGAAAAAGUAACAUCCCAUGCUCUUCCAAAAAGGUUCAUUUGAUCUUAUUUUCCACAAAUUACUUUUUUGUUUUCAACUAACAGCCCAGUUUGUUUAUCUACCUUCUUUGACUUCUGUCUGUAGUCAUCAUCAGAAGAGUCACAUGCUGUUGCUGUGAUGUGUUUUGUCAGCUGAUUUUUGGCACAUCUCUGGAUAAAAGAAGCAAUAGAAAUCCGAAAACAUGCCCAUAACACACUAAACCGAGACGAGGGGGUGUUCUCGCUUCCCCACUUGGAAUACUGUUCUGAAGAAGUCAGACUGUAGAGGGUGCUUAAGUCCUGCUUCCCCAGACCAGGGAGACUGUGUAAAUCAGCCGGCAAGACCCGUCAUUGCAACAUCAUGUGCCUGUUUUGACUACUUGUCUGCAGUCAGCAUCACGUCAAGGUAAAUCAACAAACCGGUCUGUUAGAGCAGGGGAUGUUACUUUCUGUUUUCAUCUAUCUUUACCAAAAGAUGUCUGCCUUCCAAGUUUACAAGUGCGAUGAAAAAGUUGAUGAUACUGUCACGAUUAUUUUAGAAGUUCAGUUGAAAGUGAAAGUGCGUGUUUUCCAUACAGAGUGAGGUAAUGUGUUUUUGUUUUGAAUGAUGAGAGAUAACAACGCUAAAUUAAGUUUAGAACCAUUAUGGCAAUUUUAGUAACUGCCACUCAUAAGGUGUGUUGAAUAUGUGGUAGAUGACAUUUUACCCACUUUGCAACAAAAAAUGAUUUAUACCAGGUAAUUGUAAAAUCAUCAGUUUCAUACAAAAUGUUUUAUACAAGCUUGCACAAAAUUGCAUUGGCCUUGCAUAAUUUGUUGUACACAAACUUGGAAAACCUUUGUUAUUUUAUUUAUUUUUUUGUUUUUGCCAUCUGUUUUACAUUUCCCAGUUCAGUGUAUUACAGUCAAUGUGAUUGUA